AUGAGAAAGCUUGGUAGAUCAGCAGACAUUGGGCGAAUUGCGAGCAAGCACGUUAAGGUGGCGGUGACCGAGAGGCCAUCGUCCCGCAGCAAGGGAGAGCCCAACAACAACCGCAACAACACAGGUAAGGCGGACAUGGGUUCUAAUCCCAACAACCGCAACAACACAGGUACGUGGGACAUGGGUUCUAAUCCCAACAACAACCGCAACAACACAGGUAAGGAGGACAUGGGUUCUAGUCCCAACAACCGCAACAACACAGGUACGUGGGACAUGGGUUCUAGUCCCAACAACAACACAGGUGGUAUGGCGGAGACUGACUCCACACCGGACAUGUUAGUGAGCGGUGACUCCAACUUCAGUAUUUUGUACAUGCCCUGGGUUUAUGAUCUAAACCUAAACUUGUGGACUUGA